UGAGGAGCAGAUGAGAAACUUGUGCUGUGCUCUGAGUUGAUGAAAUAGUGUGUCGAGCUGAAGGAGAAGAUGGAGAACUGUCUGAUGCUGAUGUUUAUAUGGUAAAACUCAUCACCUCUGACAGUGUGAGUGUGAGGUUGGUGAAUGGCAAUAAUCCCUGUGCUGGUCGAGUGGAGGUUUAUAAUGAUGGUCGUUGGGGAACAGUGUGUCAUUAUUACUGGGAUAUUGCUGAUGCUGCAGUGGUGUGUAGAGAGCUGGACUGUGGGACAGCUGUAAAAGCAACAUAUGAUGCUCACUUUGGACAAGGAUCAGGACCAAUUUCAAUGGCUGUUGUAAGAUGUAGUGGAUCAGAGACUGCACUGAAAGACUGCCGUUCGCAGAGCCAGUAUGCACAGAACUGUGAUCAUAAUCAAGAUGCUGGUGUCGUCUGUUCAGAAAUCGGACUUCGACUUGUGGAUGGGUCUCACCUGUGCUCUGGUAGAGUGGAGGUGAUUCAUGGGAACACAUGGGUUUCAGUGUGUGAUGCUGUCUUUGACCAGCAGGAUGCAGAGGUUGUGUGUAGAGAGCUGGACUGUGGGGCUCCUGUACAGGUGCUGGGAGCAGCUGCUUUUGACAAAGGAGACGCUCAGAUGUGGACACGAGAGAUUCAGUGCAGAGGAAAUGCAUCUCAGAUACACGACUGUCCACGAUCAUCUUCACAGAUACAGAGCUGUUCCCAUGACAAUGAUGUGGGAGUGAUCUGUUCUGGUUACACUGAUCUCAGGCUGGUAAAUGGUUCUGACAUCUGUUCUGGUCGAGUUGAACAUCAGUACUUCAGUAAAUGGGGCACAGUGUGUGAUGCAUGCUGGGAUAUGAGAGCUGCCAGUGUCCUCUGUAGACAGCUGAAUUGUGGGAUUGCUGUGUCUGUUGUGGGAUCAGACUGGUUUGGAGAGGGAAGUGAUGAAAUCUGGGCUGAUGUGUUUGAUUGUGACGGGAAUGAAACAAAACUCUCAGAAUGUUCCAUCUCUUCAUGGAGUCGAGCUGAAUGUUCACAUGGACGAGAUGUUGGAGUCAUCUGCUCUGGUUCCUCUCUGGCUCUUCAUGAUGGUCUGGUGCGGUUGUCUGGAGAGAGACAGUGUGAGGGGGAGCUGGAAGUUUUCAUCCAUCAGGUCUGGAGGAGAGUUCUGCUGGACUCCUGGAGUCUCACUGAAUCCUCUGUGGUCUGCAGACAGCUGGGCUGUGGCUCUGUGCUGAACUUCUACGGCUCCUCUUCAUCCAGUCCUGAACACAGUCAUGAGUGUGUGACGGGCUUCCAGUGCUCUGGGAGUGAAGCUCAUCUGGGGAACUGCAGCUCUCCACAAACUCUCAACUGCAGCUCCACACAACGGCUGUCAAUCACCUGCCUUGGUCAUGGGUCCAUCAGGCUGGUGGGUUCUGGGGGAGACUGUGCAGGGAGGCUGGAGGUUUUUCACAGCGGCUCAUGGGGGACAGUGUGUGAUGACUCCUGGGAUAUUAAAGAUGCCCAUGUGGUGUGCAGACAGCUGCAGUGUGGAGUGGCCCUCAGUAACCAGCAGGUACCAGCCUGGUUUGGUCCUGGUUCUGGAUCCAUAUGGCUGGAUGAGGUGGAGUGUGAGGGGAAUGAGACGUCCCUGUGGAGCUGCUCUUCUCCAGGCUGGGGAAAACAUGACUGUCAGCACAAGGAGGAUGUAGGAGUCGUGUGCUCAGAGUUUAAAGAAAUCAGGAUAACUGAGGGCUGUGAAGGGAAUGUGGAGGUUUUCUACAAUGGAUCCUGGGGUAAUGUGUGUUACAACAAGAUGGACAGAGACACAGCGAGUCUGAUCUGUCAAGAGCUGAACUGUGGAAGAUCUGGCAGUGAACCCAUUUAUUCAAUGGGACUGAAGCCUCAUAACUGGCUUGAUAACCUUAAAUGUCGACAACAUGACUCCACUUUAUGGCAGUGUCCAUCUUCACCCUGGGGACUGAAUUACUGUGAUAAUGAAGUGGCCAAAAUCAUCUGCUCGGAGGAUCAGACACGUGAGUCUCCUCAGAGUCUUCCAACAUGUUCUACCUCACCGUCUCCUCAUCAGAGGCAUUGUUCAAAUCAUGUUCCUCUCAGACUGAGUGGAGGGGAGGGCCGGUGCUCUGGGAGGCUGGAGGUGUAUCAUAACGCUGUGUGGGGCUCAGUCUGUGAUGAUCAGUGGGACAUCAGCGAUGCUCAGGUGGUCUGCAGGCAGCUGGGUUGUGGAGCAGCACUGAGGGCUGAUGGGAAUUCAGUCUUUGGUGCUGGUGAAGGUGUUGUGUGGCUGAACAGAGUCGAGUGCAGAGGGAAUGAGAUUCACCUGUGGGACUGUCCUUUCUCCCUGAAAAACCACACUGACUGCUCCCACAAAGAGCACGCUGGACUCACCUGUGCAGGUCACAGCAAAACACUGCGGCAAAUUUCUAUUUUUUUUGAGGGAGUAAUAUUUGUGUAUUUGCAUGAUGUGUUUGUGUGUGUUUUGCCAGAUUUAUCAGUGUCCACUAUUCCUGCCACAACAUCAGCUUCUCCUCCAGUGCGCUCAACAUCAGUCUCUCCUCCACAAACUCCUCCAGCAGCGUCUCUCUCCGUCCCUCCAGAGCUUGUGAUUGUACUGGGAGUUGUGCUCUUACUGCUCUUAGUGCCACUGUUUAUACUGAUUCAGCAGAUCAGAGUGGUGAGGAGAGAGGGAGAUCAGGAAGAGUAUAAUGAUGUGAAGAGCAGCAAUAAAGAUGGGAAAAAAUUAGAAGGAGUUGAUGAGGAGUAUGAUGAUCAUUUGAUGAGUGCGAGUGAAGAUCUGAGAAAUCUGUUAGGUUCCUCUCUGGCUCUUCAUGACGGUCUGGUGCGGUUGUCUGGAGAGAGACAGUGUGAGGGGGAGCUGGAAGUUUUCAUCCAUCAGGUCUGGAGGAGAGUUCUGCUGGACUCCUGGAGUCUCACUGAAUCUUCUGUGGUCUGCAGACAGCUGGGCUGUGGCUCUGUGCUCAACUUCUACGGCUCCUCUUCAUCCAGUCCUGAACACAGUCAUGAGUGUGUGACGGGCUUCCAGUGCUCUGGGAGUGAAGCUCAUCUGGGGAACUGCAGCUCUCCACGAACUCUCAACUGCAGCUCCACACAACAGCUGUCAAUCACCUGCCUUGGUCGCGGGUCCAUCAGGCUGGUGGGUUCUGGGGGAGACUGUGCAGGGAGGCUGGAGGUUUUUCACAGCGGCUCAUGGGGGACAGUGUGUGAUGACUCCUGGGAUAUUAAAGAUGCUCAUGUGGUGUGCAGACAGCUGCAGUGUGGAGUGGCCCUCAGUAACCAGCAGGUACCAGCCUGGUUUGGUCCUGGUUCUGGAUCCAUAUGGCUGGAUGAGGUGGAGUGUGAGGGGAAUGAGACGUCCCUGUGGAGCUGCUCUUCUCCAGGCUGGGGAAAACAUGACUGUAAUCACAAGGAGGAUGUAGGAGUCGUGUGCUCAGAAUUUAAAGAGUUGAGAUUAACUGAGGGCUGUGAAGGGAAUGUGGAGGUUUUCUACAAUGGAUCCUGGGGUAAUGUGUGCUGGAACCAGAUGGACAGAGACACAGUGAGUCUGAUCUGUCAAGAGCUGAACUGUGGAAGAUCUGGUGUUUUGUCUGAUUCUACAUCAAGAGUGAAAUCAGCUCCUAACUGGCUGGAUAAAGUAACAUGUCGACCACAUGAUUCCACUUUAUGGCAAUGUCCAUCUUCACCCUGGGGACAGAAUGACUGUGGUGAAGAUGAAGUGGCCAAUAUUACUUGCUCAGUGGAGAAAAGUGACGGGUCUCUUCAGAGUCAUCUGACAUGUUCAGCAUCACCUCACCAGAGACAGUGUUCAAAUCAUGUUCCUCUCAGACUGAGUGGAGGGGAGGGCCGGUGCUCUGGGAGGCUGGAGGUGUAUCAUAACGCUGUGUGGGGCUCAGUCUGUGAUGAUCAGUGGGACAUCAGCGAUGCUCAGGUGGUCUGCAGGCAGCUGGGUUGUGGAGCAGCACUGAGGGCUGAUGGGAAUUCAGUCUUUGGUGCUGGUGAAGGUGUUGUGUGGCUGAACAGAGUCGAGUGCAGAGGGAAUGAGCUUCACCUGUGGGACUGUCCUCUCUCCCUGAAAAACCACACUGACUGCUCCCACAAAGAGCACGCUGGACUCACCUGCGCAGAUUUUCCAGAUUUGUCAGUGUCCACUACUCCUGCCACAACAACAUCAGUUUCUCCUCCAGUGCGCUCAACAUCAGUCUCUCCUCCACAAACUCCUCCAGCAGCUUCUCUCUCCGUCCCUCCAGUGCUUGUGAUUGUACUGGGAGUUGUGCUCUUACUGCUCUUAGUGCCACUGCUUAUACUGAUUCAGCAGAACAGAGUGAUGAGGAGAGCUCUCUCUGACUGGUACACAGGACUACACAGGACUCAGUCUGAGACUGAGCCAGCAUAUGAGGAAAUUUAUCACAGACACAAUCAAUUUACUCAUAGAGGGAGUCUCAUCUCUGAAGACACUGAUGAGCUUCUCUCAGAGAGGGUCAAUGAAAUCACACCAAGAUUGUAUGAGGAGAUCUUCACUGGUGGACUGAUACCAGAUCGUGAGACAGAAGACACACCAGAAGGAUAUUAUGAUGUCAUUACUAGUGGACAGAACUAUGUGACUGAAAAAGUGGACACGCCAGAGAAUUAUGAUGAUGUCGUCAUCAAUGGACAGUGCUCUCAAUGUGCAACAGAGGGAGAUCAGGAGGAGUAUGAUGAUGUUUGGAGUAUCACUGAAGAUGUGAAGAACCUGUUAGACUAUGGUGAUGCUGGGGAGGAGUCAAAUGAUGAGGGAGGGGCCGUAUGACUCAAUGGCCACACCUACUGCUUCUGAUUGUUUCAAGUUUUUUUUUUUUUUUGAGUUGCUUUUGAUUCUCUUAAUAUUCUGUAAUAUGCUACUUACAUAUGGCCAUUAACACAAAUCUAGAUUAAUAUAACUACUGUUAACAUUAUAAAUUCUAGUUAACAUAUCAAGGUUAUGGAUCAGAAUUAGGGUUAAGUAUUUCUACGUUUAAUCAGUUGUGGUUUGGUUUCCUCUUUUCUUAAAGUUUUUUGUUCCUUUCAAAUAGCUGAAAUAAAGGAGAGUCUUCCAUUGACAAAAUAUGGUAGUUACAAUGACUUGCACAAAUAUGUUUCUGAACAUUUGUUGAAUAUAUGUUAGAAAGCAUUCAUAAUCAACCUAAAAUAAGAUGUUUGCAUAAAUGUUAUUCACUGGCUGUGUUGUAAUCUAAAACAACUGUCAUAAGAAUACAGUUGCAUGGUGGAAUGCAAGAAUUACAUGUCUCGCAUAAAAGAAAUUACCCUGCUAAAUAUGACAAAAAUGUGUGCAAGUGAUACUUAAUCAAACAACAUUUUUACUAAUUACUUUACUCCUGAUUCCUGAAUUGUUCUGAAUACAGAGAACAUUAAUUAAGGAUGAGAAAUGAAUAAGUAAAAAAAGUAUGAAAUCUGAAUAUCUGAUUCAUUAUCUUGAUCAUUCCAUUGCCUUUGCUGUGGUUGUAUUUAGAAUAUCUUUUUUAAUAUUGCUGACUGAUUGAUGAUUGAUUGAUUUUUUUAUUUUUUUCUGUUAACUCAAAAUUAUUAAACAGAAAAAAAGAACUUCAAACUUUAGUAUGCAGUACUAGUACUAUAGACUGACAGGAUAUAUGAAAUAUGAAUAAAUAU